AUGCAACAAGAAAUUCAAUCCAAUGAAAGUCGCUGGGGCAACCCUGAACUAGGCCAGCUGGCUGGUGAUCUCGCUGCGGCAGCAACCUCGGCAUCCCUAGUAACACCUGCGGUCGCAAUUAUUGAUAGAGCGCUUGUCGAGCAAGCCGCGUUCAAGCAACCCAUUCUCCGCGGACUUCGUCGGCAUGCGCUCGGAGCCCUCCGACGGCCGGGUCUCUUCAUCUUCCAGCGACCGUUUGGUAUCGUUUGGACCCUUUACGCGGCAACCUAUUCCGUGGCAAACUUGACCGACACAAUCAGUCGCAAGCUUGAGAUAACCGCCGCGGGGACAAUCACGUUUGCCACAACUAUGAUGGCCAAUGUGCCGCUAGCGCUGUGGAAGGACAUCCGAUUUGCGCAGGAAUACGGUACCGGCAGGGGUCCCGAUGCCAAGACAUUGAACACUCCAAUCGCUGUCCCCCAUAAUAAAUCAUUGGCACGAACUGCAGCUGCUAUCUUCCUCGUGCGAGACGGUGUCACGAUCUUUGGAUCAUUUACGUUGGCCCCGUGGUUGUCGGAUGUCAUCCCCGAUGGCUUGGCGGAUCAUCCCCACGCAAAGCCGAUCAUCACCCAGUUGACCGUGCCCGUCUUGACUCAGCUGGUUGCUACUCCGCUGCAUUUGUUGGCGUUGGAUAUGUAUACACGACAAUAUACUGUACCCUUCCUGGAAAGAGUGAAGCAUUCGCAGCGAUAUCUUCCUUCGUCGACCUUGUUGCGUUGUGUCCGUAUCAUUCCUGCUUUUGGGAUUGGAUGCUUGACGAAUAUGGAGUUGCGAUCUGCUUGUCAUGCCAAAGUCUCAGGGUAA